AUGGCUGAACGUGGACGUGGUGGUUUUGGACGUGACCGUGGUCGUGGCCGCGGUCGCCGUGGACCCAGGAGGGACGAGAAAGAAGAGUGGGUUCCUGUGACUGCUCUUGGUCGUCUUGUCAAGGACGGAAAGAUUAAGUCGAUUGAAGAGAUUUACCUCUUCUCUCUCUCUAUUAAGGAGUACCAGGUUGUGGACAUCUUGCUCCCCAAGCUCACUGACGAGGUGAUGAAGAUCACGCCCGUCCAGAAGCAGACCCGUGCUGGUCAGCGCACGCGCUUCAAGGCGUUUGUUGUUAUCGGCGACUCGGACGGCCAUCUCGGUCUCGGUGUGAAGUGCGCCAAGGAGGUUGCUACUGCCAUCCGCGGUGCCAUUGUCAUGGCCAAGCUCUCCAUUGUGCCCGUUCGUCGUGGCUACUGGGGUUCUGCUCUUGGUAAGCCCCACACCGUGCCCACCAAGGUCUCUGGCAAGACUGCCUCGGUCAUGGCGCGUCUUGUCCCGGCUCCUCGCGGUACCGGUAUCGUUGCCUCCCCUGCGCCUAAGCGUGUUCUCCAGCUUGCAGGUAUCGAGGAUGUGUACACGCAGUCCAAGGGCCAGACUGCCACGAUGGGUAACUUUUUGAAGGCUACCUUUGAGGCUGUCUCCAAGACCUACGUUGUGCUCACUCCUGACCUCUGGUCCGAGGUUCCCGUGCCUGAGAUGCCAUACGUGGAGCACGCUACGCACCUUGCGCGUGCUGCAAAGAGGCUGCGUUAA